UUUUUAAUUAAUUUUGUGGCAACAUCUUUAUUUUUAUUUUUUGAAUGGCAACGCUUCGCCUUUGUAAGAUGACGUUAUCUGAUCAAGUAUUAUCUUGUUUUAUCCUGCAGGCUCUUACAAAAACAGUCAUUACUUGUUAAGCGUAUGACGUACGAUACAUGUCUUCACUUCCUUUCUAUUUUAGUGUUUACUUUAGUAAAAUAAUUGGAAUUUUAUGAUUGGUUGUUUACUUCUUCAGUUUAUUUUGUUGGCAACGGAACUUGAUUGAUAAGGAAUUUAGUUUAAGUUAAAAGUUGUAUCUGUACUUACUCGUGGAGUGUAAAAGCGUGCUUAUCGAUAUUUAAGAUUUUAAAGUAUUUUACUUAGCCAUCCUGUUUGAAUUUAUUUAAGUAUGGAAAAAAGAAAAUUAAACCAAGAUUCAUCUACACAUAUUAUUAGCAAAAAGCCAAGAACUGAUGGAGUUUCAAAUAGCAAUGGAAAGUUUUCUGAGGAUCAUGUUCCAGAAGGAGUAUUUCCAAUAGGAAACGAUUUUUUUGUGAUUGCAACUACUUUUCAAGGCAAUGCUACAGUUCAUAUUAGACAGUACAAGAAACAUGGAAAAUUCUACUACCCGACAAAAAAUGGAAUCACCCUACGUCCAUGGUGGAUUGAGUACAUAAUGGGAAUAAAAAAGGUUCCAGACUCGAAGCAAGAAUUACCACAUGGACUGCUACCGCCAGAAAAUCAAAUUCAAAUUACAAGUGAGAAUUUUAAUGAUUUUUGUUUUAAGCGUAUUGAAUAUGGACUUGAUAAAAAAGUGUUUUUUAAAGAAAUUUCAAUAUCUCGUGCUCAGUGGGAUGAAAUGCUUAAAUGUUAUAAUGAUAUAGCAGCCAGUGUAUUAGAUCAUGUAUUUCGAUGCAUGAAUCUUUUAGAUGCAUUUAAAAACUAUCAUGAAGGUCCAAUAGAAAAGGAAUUACCUCCUUCUUCAGACAAUAGCCUCGGUCAAGCACAUUUAAAAACAGAGUUGAAAAAUUCAAUUUGUAACCUUCUUGUUGGAAAAGGUUUAAAAGAACCAAAAAUGAUGGCCGAGGAGUUAUGGGCGAAUAGUGACGCGACAUUUAAUUCUUACGUAUUUUCGCUUGAGGAAAUGGAAAUUGCUGAGAGUUUCUAUUCCAACUUAUGGGAAAAUCAAAACUUUUUGUUAAUGAAACCUAUAUACUAUGUAACUACUGAUUUUUUUAAAAAUCUACGUUUAGAUUUAGCUGUUAGAGAAGCGAGAAAUUUCAUGUGCCCCGAAGACACUUUUGAAUUUUAUGAUGAUGAAUGUUAAAAAAAACAAUAUUGU